GUUGUUCUCAAGCAAUAAUUAAAUGUUAAUCCCACUUUUUCCUUCAAAAUAUUCGGCGCAACAAACGCAACCUCAUGUGCUUUUCUUUCACCCUUCUCCGGUUCUCCAUCUAUAUAUAUUAAUGCAAACACUUUUAUAUACCCCUACCACCUCUCUCUCUCUCUCUCUCUCUCUCUCUCUCUCUCUCAAGUAAUACUCCAUUUUUUCUAGAAAAUCUCAGCUAUGGGAAAUUGUUUGAGAAAUAAUAACAAGAUUGCAUCACAAGAUUAUGAGAAGCAUGAAGCAGCAAAGGAAGCAGAACCCCCAGAAGCCAGAAAAACAGCAAUGCCAUUGCCGUCGAAUUUGAAGCAGGAGAAGAAGUCUGUGAGGUUUAAUUUACAAGAAGAUCAUCAAAACAGUGGUAAAAGAGUUGAUGGUGGUGAUUCUAAAACUGGUGGGGCUGUGAGGAUUAGACUGGUUGUCACACAGGAGGAGCUGAAACAGCUGCUGAAUUAUAAGAAAGAUUCAAACCACUCAUCUUUGGAGGAAUUGUUGAAUGCUGUCAAAUCCAGAGGAACUAGGGUGUCUGAAAUUAAUGGAACAAGUAGUGAUGAUGAAAGCAUAAGCAGUGGUGGUUGCUGGAGGCCAACUUUAGAGAGCAUUCCAGAGGAUCAACAUUGAUAUAUAUAUAUAUAUAUAUAUAUAUAUAUAUAUAUAUAUAUUAUACACUAAUUGUAUCUAUAUAUAUCUAUCUAUUGGGUUAGUAUUUAAUCACCAUAUCAUCAUUGUACUAACUUCAAGUCUGCAAAUUUGUUCAGUUGACUCAUUAUAUGUUCGCCAUCAAAAGCCAAAAUUUGUGGUUUACUUGUUCACGAUAA